AGUCGACCUCUCUCCGGGAAAGGCCGUUUUUGUUUUGUUUUCUCUUUCCAGCUUAUCGAUACAGGCAUCACUUUGAGCUCACGGAUCGUAUUAAUUAUUCUCUUCUUUGUCGCCCUACUGCGGCCAACUCCCUAUAUCACUGCACCACACGGAGCACAAAGAGAAACACUGGAUCUUCUAGCGUCGAUCAACGAACUCGCUCGCACACAUACACAAAAGCGCCAACUCGUUUUGCGUCGCCGCCGUUGCCUUGGCUGCAGAGAGAAUAAAUCACCGUGUUAUCGUACGUGCUUUUUCCAGUUCCCCCACACAAGAAGCCGAUUCCCCUCGCACCGCGAUCUCCUCUCCCGCCUUCCUUUUCCUUUUCCUUUUCCACCUCUUUCUCUUCGAUUCGUCGGAGAGUUCACCAAAGCCAUGGCAGCGGGUGUUCCCAUCUCCGUGAAAGUCGACGUGCCGUUGCAGGUGCAGGGCCACGGCACGCUGGAGAUGUCCUAUCACCUUUACCCCAUUACGAUGCGCCUGCCCGGGUUCAUGAGUGACGCCCGCUUCAACCGCCGCUACAGCGACUUCGAGACCCUGCGUGCGCAGCUGACCGCGGUGUACUGGUACUGCAUCGUGCCGCCAAUCCCAGAGAAGGAGUCCGUGCAGGACAAGCUGGGGAAGCUGCCGCGCAUGGUGACCACCGGCGGCAAGGACACGCCCAGGGCAGAGACGGAUCUGCUGGAGUACCGCCGCAUCAGCCUGCGCCGCUUCCUGCAGCGCCUCGCCUACCACCCCAUCCUCGGCAAAUCGGAGCUCCUUCAGAAAUUUACAAACGACAACGAGUGGCGGCAGUGCACCCGCGACCCGGUCAAGUCGCCGCCGUUUCUCGCCCCUUCGCUGGAGGAGCGGGCGAAGUCGUGGGUGUCGUCGAACGCCGGAUCGAAUGCGGUGGGCAGCGCCGGUGGAGGAGGAGUUGCCGCCGCUGCUGCUACCGCAGGAGGAGCUGGUGGUGUGCCGAUCAGCCCCAGCGGUGCCGCCUAUCAGUCGGCCUUGACGCAGGAGACGGUGGAUGCCUCGACGUGGAAGGCCACGGUGGAAUAUGUUGCGGGCUUGGAGACAAAUUUGAAGAACCUGCGUAACUUGCUGGAGACGUUGGUGGACCGCCACCGUCGCAACGCCGUUGCCGUCAACAACUUCGCCGCCUCCUUUGGCCUGCUUGCCGAGGGAGAAGAGGACGCGGAGCUGCGCGGUGCGGUUGAGGGGGUGCGGGACUGCGGUCGCAAGGUGGCGGACGUCUACAGUAAACACGCCGACAACGAGUCCACCCGCCUCGUCAGCACGCUCAGCUUUUACGUUGGCAUGUGCGCCGCCGUGCGCGAGACGCUGUCGCACAUGUUCAGCGCCCAGCACUACCUGCGCAACUUGGUGAAGAAAGGCCAAGACUUGCAGUCCAGCAUGGCCCGUGGUCAGCAGAGCAACGUAGCGCAGAUUCAGAGUGACAUUCAGUUCGUGAAUGAGCAGCGAGCCCGGUUGGAGGAGGAUCUUCACAGCGCCGAGAAGACGUUCCGCGACGAAUUUGUACUUUUUCACGAGAACAAGCAGUACGACGCGAAGGACAUGCUGAAGAAGUUCGGCGUGCUGGAGCUGAGUUUUUCGGAGUCCAUGAAGCAGGAGUGGGAGGCGCUUGUCCCGAUGAUCAACACGCUGCGGUCGUGA